AUGAUGGACGACGACAGCAGCGAUGAUUCCACGUUUAUCGAUCCGGAAAUACUAAAAAAAGAAUUAGUUAUCUCUUUACCGGUACUAACUGAAUCGGAUAUUGAACGCAUGUUAAAUGUAGACGAUUCAUCUACUGAAGAGUCUUCAACAUCAACGGAUGAGUUCGAUAAAGAUAAAUUUUGUCCUAAACGCGAUCAACGACGUUUGAGUUUAUUGAACGAUCCAAACUAUGGUAUUAUACUGGCAUUUAUCGAGAAAUUUCGUUCGCAUGUCAAUUUCAAAAGCUAUCCACUACGAAUAUUUGAAGAUAAUCUGAUCAGUGAACACGAAAAAUACACUGCACGAUAUAUUGACUUUCAUUUGCACUUAUUGAAGAAAAUCUCGUCGGGAAAAAUGAUUCCACGCGAUCAAUUUGAGAUUAGUAUGAAAAGGUUUGCAUAUCGUUUUAAUCGUGACGAUGGGGAUUAUGUCGAAGAACAUGGAUAUGCCAAAGCCAAAGUCGAAAUUAAACUUCGUAUUUUGAAAAACUUAUUAGAAAAGCAAUUUGAUCGUAAUCAGCCAAUGAACCGUUCAUUAGCAAAUAAGUCUUCGGCUGAUCUUUCCUCGAAACCAUUUGGUCGUGAUCGAUUGGGUGCUUCUUAUUGGCUAUUUACGGAUACUGACAGUUACAUACGAUUGUUUCGUGAGGAUAUCGAUACUAAACGUACAUGGAUCAAUGUAGCAAAAACGCCACAAGAAUUAGAAAGUCUACUUAAAAUUCUUGUGACUGAUUAUCAAGUUCGAGAAAAAUUUCCCGAUUGGGAAUUCGCUCAUGCGCUAUUUAAUUUGUUGACACCAUCGAGCGUAUUCGAAGAACAUUAUUCGGCCAAUUCAUUCUGCGAACGAACAAAACAAGAAAUCUCAACUCAACGAAGUCCUUCGUCAAUACGAAUUGGCUCAGUCUAUAUCAAAAGCGAGAAUAUCGAUUUGAAUCCAAUGGUAAGUCUCGACCGAGAAUUGCCACCCUCUCCGUUAUUGCAAUCUCCGAAAACAACGAACUUUUUCGAGACGACAUCUGAUCAAGAGUCCAUUAACUCUGACGAAAUCAAUCCGAAUCGUACCGUUACAUCGCCAUCGUCAUCGUCGGGGGAUACGAGAGACUCAAUCUAUUCGGUGGGAUGUUCACAAGAAUUGAAUCGUAGUCAUCCAACAAAUGAAGAGAUUGAUAAAGCAAUCAAAGUUCAAAAUCCAUCUGUUAAUGAUGAAGUUGUGCAAGCAGUUAUGGUAAAACCAAUAUUGGAUUCUGGAAUAAAGCGUAAAUUGGUGGAUUAUGAUGACAGUGAGAGCGAGAGUCCUAGUCAGAAUAAAAGUGAAACCGAUGACAAACAUGAGGAUGAAAGCAGUCAAGAUUUACGUUCCAUUCCAGUAAAAACCGUUAACAAGAACAAUGCUGAUCUACCCAUUGCGUUACGGCGACCAAGACGCAAUCGAGCAAGACUUUUUGCUGAACUUUCACAAGAUUCAUCGAGCACAAAUCAAUCACUUUCGCAAAGUUCAAUCAGAACAAGAUCGAUGAGCAGAGAAUGGAAAAGUUACAACAAUUCAUCAAAUACAAAUCGAUCGCGCCGUAGACGUCAACGUCGUCGACGGCAAAGGAACUCAAUGACUGGAUUCUCAUCGACUACUUCCGAUGAUCGACAAGCAUCUGAUGAUGACGAUGAUGACUUCUCUCAAGAUUUUCUCAACGAAGAAAUCGACUUACUUCUCAAUGGAGAUCUGAAUGGCGAAGAGGAUGAUGACGAUGACUAUAUUCCUUGUCAGGCAGCGAAAACUGUUGCUAAAUGCUACAAUCAAUCUGAGUCUUCGUCUAAGCUAUGUUAUGUAUGUUCAGAAACGAAUCGUCCAGAGAAUCUACUACUAUGUGAAGAUUGCAAUGAUGCAUAUCAUAUCGAAUGUCUGAAACCGGAAUUGUUGGCUGUUCCCAAUGAUGAUUGGUAUUGUCCACUAUGUGAACACAAGCGUUUAUGCGAUAGUUUAAUCGAAAAAUUACCUGAACUUUUCAAAGAUCAAGAACGAUACGAAAUGAAACGUAAAGUAACUGCAUCGAAACGAAGAAAACGUUCGACCAACAUUGCUGUCAACGUUGAACGCUGUAUCAAACCUCCCGUACGUAGAAGAUGUGUCAAUAUAAUUACUUCAAGCGAUGAUACUGAAAAUGACAAUGAAAAAGCAAUAGAACAAUCGAAAUCAAAUCCAAUUCAACGACAGAAAGAUGAAGAUGCUGCUGAUAAUAUUAACGAACAUAAAAACGAUGAAAACUGCCAGCCGAAAGACCAAGAAGAAGAGAAGGAAGAACAACCUGGAAAACGUCGAGUUCGAUUAUGUCGACGAAAGACACAAAACUAUUCUUUAGAUGAGUACGACAAAAAAUUCGAAGAUGUCUUGGUUAAUACGGAAACUAACAAAGAUUUGAGCAACAAUGAUUCAGAUAAAUCCGAUGAGGUAGUGAAGAAAAUGAAAUCAGCGAAAAAACGUCCCCGGCAUGAAUGUGGCGAAGAUCUCGAUGCAACUGAUAGCAAACAUGAUGCUGAUUUUGUACCUAGUCCAAAACGAACCAACAAAGAUGACAGUCGAAGCAAUGCAAAAGAUGAUGGUAAUGACAACGACGAUGAUUACAAUGAUUUUGGCAUGAGUGACGAUGAUAGUGUUUGGAGAAAUCGACGACAAUCGUCAGCGUCAUCAAUAUCAAAGAAGAAAUCAACACCGAAAUCGAAUUGUAAUAUUUCUCAAAAAUCUCCAAGCAUUUCCGAUGAUGAUACAAUCAUCUACGGCGAUACUUUAAGCAAUUCAUCACCAGCUCCAGUGGUCAAAUCCGAACCGUUUACCCAAUCCGAUACUAACGAACGUAUUCGAAAUCCAUUUGAUAUUAAUUCCAUUGGUCAGAACAUUCUUAGCACAAGUGAAAUCGGUCCAAAUUUAUUCGAUAAGAAUCGAUUUGGGAAAAAUGUGUUUGGUAUUAGCGAAAUCGGUCAAAAUAUUACUGAUAAAACGGAUGGUGACAAGAAGAAAGCUGCGAACGCUUCGAAACCCAAACGACAAAGACGCGCACCACCUAAGAAGAAAAAACUUCUUCAGCAAGAAAAUAUCAGUGACGAAGAAGAAAAAACAGCGCCUCCGUUACCUAAACAUCGACCGUCGAGAAAGCGUCGUGAUAGCGAUGAAUCUUCGUUGGACGAUGAUGAUGAUUAUGAAAAAUUAAUUCACAAACGUCGAUUAGUCAAUCAGGGACGAAACAUUACUCGAAAAAGUAUCUCAGCCCAUAUUCAGAAACUGGUUGGAGAAGAGGAGGAUGAAGAUGAAGAUGAAAACGAUCAGGAUUCGGUUCAAGAUAAAAACACAGAUAAAGCUAAGACCGACAAGAAUAACAAUUCAAAAAAAGCAAAUCAAAAUUCUGAAUAUGAAGACAUACAAUUAUCUGAUGAUGAUGAUUUUCCGGAUGAUCAAGAAAUCCUAAAAACAACCGGUUUGAUCAAUUUAAAACGUCCAUUAACCACAUCACAAGCUGCGUCUUUCCGCGUACCCUAUAUGCCAAAAAUUCAAUCGUAUCAAUUUACGAUGGUUGACCCUACUGCACAUUUUGAUUUUACUUGUCAACCCGAACCCCUCAGUGAUGCAAGUCAAGCAAAUGGUGAAACUAAUCUGUCCAGUGUGACUUGA